AUGAUACUCGACACCCUUACCACCAACACCGACUUCAACACGAUCGGCUUCACGCUUGUCGCGGCCGUCGUCGCAGCUCAUCUCCUCCCAUGGCUAUGGGAUAGUCAUGGUCUUCGCUUAUAUCCAGGUCCCUUCCUCGCCAAAUUCUCCGACCUAUGGUUGGGCUGGGUUAGUGCCCAUGGUCAUCGCUCGGAAGUGGUCCACGACAUGCACAAGACAUAUGGUCCCUUCGUUCGGUUGGCCCCCAACCAUGUCUCCAUCGCGGAGCCUGAUGCACUCCCGAUCGUUUAUGCCCAUGGCAACGGAGCGCUCAAGUCUGAAUUCUAUGAUGCCUUCGUGUCCAUCGAACGAGGCGUCUUCAACACUCGCGAUCGCGUCGACCAUGCGCGCAAGCGCAAGAUCGUUUCGCAUGUUUUCUCGCAGAAGUCCGUUAGCGAAUUUGAACCUCACAUUCGUCACUACGUGUCUAUCCUUCUGAAUCAAUGGGAUCAAAUGCACGACAGCGCCCUCAAAGGAGCUUCUGGUCCAGAAGGUGAAAGUGGUUGGCACGGAGGAAAUGACAGACUCUGGCUUGAUUGCUUGCCAUGGGCCAAUUAUCUUGCUUUCGACAUUGUUGUACGUGAUCUGGCUUUCGGUGCUCCAUUUGGCAUGCUUUUGGCUGGCAAGGAUUCCGCUCCAGUGCCCAAGUCGCAAAAAGCCGUGAUGGACUCUUACGGAAAGGAUGCCACCAACAAUGCUGAUGUUCAGUACAUCCCUGCUGUCAAAAUCCUGAACGGACGCGGCGAGUAUUCAAUGUCAAUGGGCGUCUUACCAUGGUACUGGCGACCCCUCGCUCGCAAGCUUCCGUGGUACAGCAAGGGUCAGAAAGACGUCCAGACUUUGGCUGGAAUCGCUAUCAUGGCCGUGGCCAAACGCCUUGCAACCCCGACCGACAGAAACGAUUUGCUCAGCAAGCUUCAGGCCGGCAAAGACGAAGAUGGAAACCCUAUGGGAAGAGCAGAGUUGACCGCCGAGGCAUUGACGCUCUUGAUAGCUGGCAGUGAUACAACAUCAAACUCUACCUGCGCUAUCAUCUAUCAUCUUGCCGCCAAUCCUCACGUUCAAGACAAGCUCCACAAAGAACUUGACGAGCAACUUGGCACCGAGGACGAACUGGUAUCUAACGCUGACCAGGUGAAGCGGCUCCCCUAUCUCGACGCGGUCAUCAAUGAGGCUCUGCGCAUCCAUUCAACCUCUGCUCUCGGCCUUCCUCGCGUUGUUCCUGAAGGCGGUUUGACUGUCUUGGGCCAGUUCUUCCCUGAGGGUACAGUUCUCAGCGUCCCGAGCUACACGAUCCACCGCAAUCCACGUGUAUGGGGAGAAGAUGUGGAAACUUUCAGGCCUGAACGAUGGUUCGAGGGCGACAAUGCGGCGAUGCAGAAAGCUUUCAAUCCUUUCUCUUACGGCCCGAGGGCUUGUGUCGGCCGCAACCUUGCGAUGUUGGAAUUACAGAUCAUCGUUUCCUCCAUCUUGCGCCGAUACCACUUCGUGCUUGAAAACCCUGACCAGAUCCUUGACACACGAGAAGGUUUCCUCAGGAAGCCUGUCGAAUGCAGAGUGGGCGUCAAACGCCGAGACACGUUAUAG